GCAUGCGCAGGACCCAGUGGGUGCCCGGACGCGGAAGACCUGGCUUUGCUGAGGUUCCCGCUUCGGCAGCGUGGGAGGAGUGAAAGGCUGCAGGUUGUAGAUAUUGGUCUUGGCCCCGAGGGGUUCCCCCAGGCCAUUAGAACCCAAGAAAGGAAAAGCAGGCACAGCGGCGGCGGCUGGCCAAACCCCCGACCUGUCUUCCAGGCAGGGAGGGGGUGGCGAGGAGGGGGAGCAGCUCGGAUAGCAGGGCUGAGGAGCCUCCGGAACCGGGUCACGGACCAUGAAGGGCUGGACCGGCUCCCCAAGCAUGGGGAGCUGGAGCCGCCGAGGCCGCCCGGCCGGGCCCUGCCCGACUGUCAGCUCCUCGGUGCUAGUGCUGCCCGGGCAGCUCGGGAGCAGAGCACUGUCCGCGUGCUGCAUGCAAGCCUCCGACAUGGCUCAGGAGAAAAUGGAGCUGGACUUUGAGCCUGACACAUCUGAUGGGGGCACCCUCAGGAGAUCCAACAGCGCUCCCUUGAUCCAUGGGCUCAGUGACCUUUCACAGGUUUUUCAACCUUACACGUUUAGAGCUCGGAGGAAUAGUACAACUGUCAUGAGCCGUCACAACUUGUUGCUGUCAACCUCACCUAAUCGGAUUCCUAGCAGCAGACUGCAUCAAAUCAAAAGGGAGGAAGGCAUGGACAUAAUGAACAGAGAAACUGCGCACGAAAGAGAAGUGCAAACUGCAAUGCAGAUAAGCCAGUCAUGGGAUGAGAGCUUGAGCCUGAGUGAUAGUGAUUUUGACAAGCAGGAGAAAUUAUAUUCUCCUAAAAGGAUUGACUUCACUCCUGUUUCUCCGGCACCAUCACCCACCAGAGGAUUUGGAAAGAUGUUUGUGAGCAGCAGUGGGCUACCACCAAGUCCCGUUCCUAGCCCAAGACGCUUUUCCACCAGGAGAAGCCAGAGUCCAAUCAAGUGCAUUAGGCCCAGUGUUCUUGCUCCUCUUAAAAGAAAAGGUGAAAUGGAGACCGAAAGCCAGCCCAAGAGGCUCUUCCAAGGCACCACCAAUAUGCUGUCUCCGGAGGCUGCACAAUUGUCUGAUCUCAGUUCAUGUUCAGAUAUUUUGGAUGGCAGUAAUAGCGGCAGUGGCUUGUCCUCAGAAUCGCUGGCUAAAGGCAGCACAACCGCAGACGCUCCAGUAGCAUGCUCCAAUUCAUGCUCUCCGUUCAUCUUGAUGGAUGAUCUCUCACCCAAGUGACUUACCCAUUUCUGAUUCAGUGUUCUAACUGCUGUUUCCUGCAUAAUAUAUUCAGGGAGGAACGCAGAGAACUUUGAUCCAUAAUGAGGAUUAAAGUGUUACUGAUCUAAACCACUUUGAUGCCGUUAUGUUUUGGCACUACUUUUCUCUAAAGUUUGAUUUUACAAGUGUAGUAACCUUACUUAUGUUUCUUUACGCUGAUCUCAUUUUGAGCUAGUAAUGAAAUCUCAAAUACUCAUUUUUGAUUGCUUAGAGUGUAUAUAUAUAUAUAUAUAUAUAUAAAAUUUCUCAGUGCUUCAACGAUCACCUAUUUUAGAGUCUAUAGUUUAAGGAAAGCACUAAUAUGUAUUUUCGAUAAUGGUUCUUUUCCCCAGCAGUGACAUGACAGCUGGAGUUGAUCAGAAAUUCUCUUGCUUGAGAGAUUUUUGUUGUUGUUGUUCUCUUUGACUACAUAAGUCUCAAAUCUCUUUACCUCACAAUAUUAGAUUAAUUGCUUUUGAUGAUAUUAAAUUUUUAUUUUUCUGCAUCAGCUUAAAGUACAUUAUUUUGUUUCCCUUUCCUGUUUGACCCGCUUCCUUGCCAUUUCUCACAGAGGGGAAAAACAUGUCGUUGCUCUCAUUACUAUCCAUAUCGCUUCUUUGCUAUUGGAGUAUAGGAUGUGAGGAUUGAUUAUAGUGCUGAGAAUGUAAACAGACUUACAGGAUGCUGGAUUUAGUCACCACAGCUUCUUAUGACUUAUCUACCCCAGUUGAUAUUGUUAUCCUCAAACCUGUUGCCCUAAGGAAUAUAUAAAAUAUUGUUAAUGUUUCUAGGUGGUGUUUUCAAGGAGAAGAAAUUCCUGCCUUGACCAGAUGUGUGGAGCACCUACAAAUGAAUGAAUAAUGUUAUUUACAUACAAACCACUAUGUAGAAAAGCAUACAUGGAGCUUGACAGCUUGUCUCUGGUGGUGUAAGGAGGCCUGAAGGGCCUUGGCGUUCAAUGUUGUGCUGUUAUAAGCUAUUUAUCGUAAGGUAGGCUAGAAAAGGGGCUUUAUGUGUCUGAUUGCUACAUAUUGAUUCUAUUGCUGCUUCUUUCUGACUACUUUUUUGUCAUUAGAGUCGUUUGUUUUUGUCGUGUGGUGAGUGGUCCUGUUGACUGUAUUUUGAUUGUUGUGUUGCCACCAGAAUCCGAAUCCAGUUUAAUAAAAGGUCAAGGAAGCUUUUAGGAGCUACCAAAGUCAGUGUCAUUGUGCAUUCUGUUUUUAAGAAGCUGUUUGAGCUGUCAACAGUGUACAUGAUAGUAAAUGUGCAGUACCAUAAGUUAUUUAACGUUUAAAAGAGGAAAAUCACGAUAGAGCUGUUUUAAAAACCUGAGUGUAAUCUAUUGCUGUUUUAUUUAUUAUUUAAAACUGUGCAAAAUGUCUGUAGAUUUCUUACAGUGUUCAGACAUCGUGGUUGGGUUGUCGGUAUUUGACAUGCAAAUUUGCCUGCUAGGACCAUAAUAUUCCAUUUUUAAAUGAAUGUAAGAAAUGAAAACUACUGCAUUUGUGUCUUUUGAAGGCAAAGAUCCUUGAAUUUUAAAGGAAGAUGAUGUACUUUGAGGGUGCUCACAGACUAAUAAUACCGUAGGGCUCGAAGGGAAGCCUGUUCUCUCUGAAUUAUAAGAAACCAUCACUUAGCUUGCAGUAAGUAAUUCUGUUACAGCAUCAGCUGUGUUGUUUAUUUUAAAUUGUGAUAACCACCAUCAUGGCCAUUAAUGGCUUUAUCUCUCAUAUUGGCUUUCACCUGUGCAAAAUCCAUAAUCCUUCAAACUUAACAUGAAUGUAUGUAUUAUGAAGAUUGUUCUCUAGGAUGCCAUUUUAAAGAAAAAUUACUUCAAUGGUAUGCAGUAUGUUUAUUCUGUUUAUGAAAGAACCAUGUUAAGAGUUUCUGCCUAUAUAAUACUGAGAGAUGGUUUUCUCCUAUAGGAUAUUUAUCCACCUUCUCUCUACUGUCUUCUUUGCCUUAAGGGACACUUUUAGCCAUCAUUUUUGGGCUCUAAUUUAGGACUCUUGAGACGUAACCUUUAGAAUGUAAUGAUAUUUAAAUUUGUUUCUGAAAUUCUGUGGUGGGGUAGACUUGGGAUAGGAAAAUGAAAUUAAUUGUUCCACUGGUUUGAGAACUAGGAAGCAAGAUGAUUCACUUUACUAUUUAAGCCAAGGUUCAUUUUUAUCAUUUAAAGUGACUAGAAAGUUAAGUUUCUGCAGGGGUUGUUUUGGAAUAAAUAAAAGAUAGAGAUGCUAGCCUUCAGAUGAGCUUUGGUGACAGUACUUUAUUUUUAUAUAUAGUCUAAUAUUUGGAAAGUCAUCAUUGUUAUAAAGUAAAAUUCUCUCUUCCUAUUCUAAUACUAUAUCAUGUUUCAAGCUUCUAUUUGAAAACAAGUAUAAGAGAUGACAUGAUAAGAAAAUUUAAUAGAUGCUCUUUUUGCUUGAUUGACUUAUAUAAUCACUGUGUUUCAUGAUAACUGCUUUUGGAAUAAUAAUAAGUUUUGUGAAAUGCUGACCUUGUGUAUAUCUUAGAAUGCAAAAUUAAUAAAUUGUGUACACAUGCAUAAAAUUCU